AUGCUCACGGAAGUAAACAAACGCGCAUGGUCUCAAAAGAUUCUGCUGGUUCGCAGCAGGAAACCCCGAGAUCGGAUUAUAAAAGAAAAGAUGGAUGUGUUGAAAGAAAAGAUGGAUGUGUUGAACGAUUUCCAGCGAUUUUUUUUCUCUAUGAGUCGUUUUGCUUCGUUUCCCUGGACUUUUCUAGAAAAAGACCUGCAAAGCAACAAAUCAUCGCAAUUCAUUUUAGAUAUCUUGAAACAGACAUGUCUUCACUCUCUGUGCACAAAGUUUCCACCAUCAGUCAAAUACAGGAGGCUGUUCAUCUCCGAGCUCAUCAGACAGCAAGAGGCGGCAGGCUGCGACCCUCUGGAUGAGCUGUACGACGCUCUGGCCAAGGUGCUGGGAGCUGAAGACACGCCUGACUGCUACAAGAGCUACUUACUGCCCUGUGGUGACUCAGUCAGCCUGUUGGAGAACGUCGCUCUGAUCUCAGAGGGAACCACCGGUCUGGUGACCUGGGAGAGCGCCCUCUACCUGGCAGAGUGGGCUCUGGAUCACCAGCAGGCCUUCACCGGCAGGACGGUUCUGGAGCUGGGCAGUGGUUUGGGUAUGACCGGUAUCACCAUCUGUCGCUCCUGCAGCCCGAACAGAUUUGUCUUCAGCGACUGUCACCCAAGCGUCCUGCAGAAACUGAGAACCAACGUCCGGCUGAAUGGGCUGUUUGAGCAGGAGACUCCCACGGUCAGCGUUGAACUGCUGGACUGGACAACAGCGACUGAGGAAGAGUUACAAGAAAUCGGAGCUGACACUGUCAUCGCUGCAGAUGUGGCAUACGAUCCUGAAGUCGUGGGAAACCUGGUGACUCUUCUGACUAAGAUCCUGAGAUGUUCUUCUCCAGAGGUCCUUAUCUGCUCCAGCAUAAGAAACCCAGAGACGUACAGCGGCUUCAAGCAGCAGCUCGAAAACGCAGGAGUCAGCCAUCAUGUGGUCACAGGACAUGUCAGCAACGUGUUUCCUUACAGCAGAUUCUCAUCAAUAGAAAUGAUUAAACUGUACAGAUGACAUGAAUGCAGCACCAUAAAGAUUUGAUUUACAAAGGUACAUCCUAAAAGUUUCAAACAAUUGAAUCAAGGCCAGUUUCACUCCUACUCUGUGUCCCGUGAUCCAGAUGUGCAGUCUGCGAUAUGGGAGGGCUUGUUUAAUGAUGGUGGUCUCACCAGGGAAUUUAUUCUGCUCCCUAUGACGGCUAUUCUCGAUUCAUUUUGUUGGACCCCUCAACAAGAGCCUUGAACUUGAUUCUCUUGUUAAGUGCAUCUGUUGUGUUAUUAGUUGUGUUUAACAAAGAAAUCAUAUUUCACCUAUUGAUGAUUAGAUAUUGCAAAUUAGGCAUUUAUCGAAUUGAUCAAAUUAAAACUUUUCAUCCCGCAAUAUUUUUUUUACUAAACAUUAAAUACCUCAGAAUUUGUUUUGUAGCAAGUAGUUUUCUCAUUUUCCGCCAUCUCUAGUUUUAGUGACUCUUUCAGAAAUAUAGCGUGGUCAUUAUAUCGACUGCACAGCCUGUACGUGCAGUUUGCAUGCAUCUCCUUUUACUCCACAACAAACACUUUUUUACCGAUUUCAAGAAGUUAAAGUAACAAUGAUUAUAUAGAAGAACGUGCAUGAAAGUAGAGAAGUUGCAUAUAAUGAACCAUCUUUCCGACUGGCUGGCUGAAUAUCUGAAUGACAUGCUCAUAUUUUACACUUUGGUAUAGAAACAACCAUCAGUCAGUUAAUUAGAAACUUCUAACCGUCAACUGU